AGAGGCGAGGAGGCGGCUCCGGCAGCGCGCGCGCGGCGGCAGCGGUGACAGCGGCGCCCGCGGAGAGCUGGGACCCGGAGGGAACCCGGAGCUCAGCCCGGCGGUGUGAGACGGAAGGAACCGCCGCAACGGCCGCUCUGCCAGCUUGGGCCAAGCCUAGAGAUACCGGCCUGGCUGGUCCACGCCAGCCGCAGACGGUGGCUGAGCAUGGAGCUGUCCCCCCGCAGUCCUCCAGAGAUGCUGGAGUCCGAUUGCCCGUCACCCCUGGAGCUGAAGUCAGCCCCCAGCAAGAAGAUGUGGAUUAAACUGCGGUCUCUGCUGCGCUACAUGGUGAAGCAGUUGGAGAAUGGGGAGGUAAACAUUGAGGAGCUGAAGAAAAACCUGGAAUACACAGCAUCUCUACUGGAGGCCGUCUAUAUUGAUGAGACACGGCAAAUCUUGGAUACAGAGGACGAGCUGCAGGAGCUACGGUCAGAUGCCGUACCUUCAGAGGUACGGGACUGGCUGGCUUCCACCUUCACCCAGCAGACCCGAGCCAAAGGCCGCAGGGCAGAGGAGAAGCCAAAGUUCCGAAGCAUCGUGCAUGCUGUGCAGGCUGGAAUCUUCGUGGAGCGGAUGUUCCGAAGAACAUAUACCUCUGUGGCUCCCACCUACUCCACGGCAGUCCACAAUUGUCUCAAGAACCUGGACCUCUGGUGCUUUGAUGUCUUUUCCUUGAACCGGGCAGCAGAUGACCACGCCCUGAGGACCAUUGUUUUUGAGCUGCUGACUCGCCAUAACCUCAUUAGCCGCUUCAAGAUUCCCACUGUGUUUUUGAUGUCUUUCCUGGAGGCCUUGGAGACAGGCUACGGGAAGUACAAGAACCCUUAUCAUAACCAGAUCCACGCAGCUGAUGUCACCCAGACAGUGCACUGCUUCCUGCUGCGUACAGGGAUGGUGCACUGCCUGUCAGAGAUUGAGGUCUUGGCCAUCAUCUUUGCUGCAGCCAUCCAUGAUUAUGAGCACACAGGCACGACCAACAGCUUCCACAUCCAGACCAAGUCAGAAUGUGCCAUCCUGUACAACGACCGCUCUGUGCUAGAGAAUCACCACAUCAGCUCUGUCUUCCGGAUGAUGCAGGACGAUGAGAUGAACAUUUUCAUCAAUCUCACCAAGGACGAGUUUGUAGAGCUUCGUGCCUUGGUCAUUGAGAUGGUGUUGGCUACAGACAUGUCUUGCCAUUUUCAGCAAGUGAAGUCCAUGAAGACGGCUUUACAGCAGUUGGAGAGGAUUGACAAGUCCAAGGCCUUGUCUCUUCUGCUCCAUGCUGCUGACAUCAGCCACCCAACCAAACAGUGGUCUGUCCACAGCCGCUGGACCAAGGCCUUGAUGGAGGAAUUCUUCCGCCAGGGUGACAAAGAGGCUGAGCUGGGCCUGCCCUUCUCUCCGCUGUGUGAUCGCACUUCCACUCUGGUGGCUCAGUCCCAGAUUGGCUUCAUUGACUUCAUUGUGGAACCUACAUUCUCUGUGCUGACUGAUGUGGCAGAGAAGAGUGUCCAGCCCCUGGUGGAUGACGACUCCAAGUCUAAAAGCCAGCCCAGCUUCCAGUGGCGCCAGCCUUCCCUAGACGUGGAUGUGGGAGACCCCAACCCUGAUGUGGUCAGCUUCCGUUCAACCUGGACCAAGUACAUUCAAGAGAACAAACAGAAAUGGAAGGAACGGGCAGCAAGCGGUAUCACCAACCAGAUGUCCAUUGAUGAGCUGUCCCCCUGUGAAGAAGAGACCCCGCCCUCCCCGGCAGAAGACGAGCACAACCAGAAUGGGAAUCUGGACUAGCCCAGGGCUGGCCCAGGUGAGCUGCUGGUGGAGGCUGGGUCAUCGUGGCCUCUGAUGGUUACCGUUCAUCUCCCUGGGGUGUGGUGGGCGAGAGGUUUCUCCUGUUCUCUUUCUAGGUAAAGGCAUGGCUAGCUAGCCCUGAGCUGGGGUAGGGUGGGGUGGGAAGGAGGGAAAUCCUCCCACCCUCUUUGGCCCUAUAGUCCCUGCAGGGAGAAAGGACAGCACAGGCAGAGUGGCUCCCCCACUUGACCCUGUGUGAGUGGGGGAGGGGGGGAGGCGGGGCUAUGCCUCCUGGCUCAGUGACGUGUGUCAGCCCAGGCCAUUUGUGCUCAACUAGAGACUGAGUGGGGAAAGCCAGGCUGGAAAUGAAGGCAGAGACCAGGGAACUGACUUAUCUCACUCUUCCUUUCCCCAGGUCCUCAUUGAGUCCAAAGUGUUUGAUGUCAUUAGCACCAUCCAUCGGGACUGGCUCCCCCAUCUGCUCCAAGGGAGCAUGGAGGUCGUGGAAGAGACAACCCACCCAAAGGCCAAAUGCCAGAGAUUGUGGGGUUGGGGGAAGGGCCCCUCCUCACCUGACAUCCAUUGGGGUGCACUUUAAUUUCCUAGCAGCAAGCCUAGGGAACUUCAGGCUCCCAGUGGUCACUGUGCCCAUCCCCCCCUGCCUCCACACUCCCCCCACUCCACCCCAGAUGGCCAGAUGGCUACCUGGGAAGGGGGGAGCUUCCAGAGGCUUUCCAGGGCCUAGAGGGGGAGGGUCAGAGAGAUGCCAGCCCCCCUGGGCCCUCCCCUAUCCUUUUUGCCUCCAAGUUUCUAAGCAAUACAUUUUGGGGGUUCCCCCAGCCCCCCAACCCAGAUCUUUGCUGGCAGGUCUGGGUUUUCCUUCUCCUCCCUGGGAUAAUGAACUGGGGGUUUUCAAAGCCCUACUGUGUGGGGAGGGGAGGGGAGUCCUUCAGGGUGUGGGAUCUUUCUAGUACGGGGUGGGGGAGGUGGCGGGUACCCUCUUUACCCCAGACUUGCACUGCUUUAGCCCACCCCUCGUCCAACCUUGCAAUCUUCCCUCUCUCCCAUGCCCAAGGGGUGACUAAGGGAAAGAGAGGAGCCUUUUGGACCAGGGACUGAGGGCAGGUCUUUCCCAAGUCUGUGAAAACUUGGGGUUGGUCUGGACUCCUGGGGCUUGUCACCUGCCCUGAAGCAGAGUUGGGGGCCCUUGACCUCCUUCCUUAUUCCCUACAGCUAGGAGGCUCCCAUCCGACCAAUGUCUGUAAAGUGCUUUGAGGUCUUCCCAGCCAAGCACCUUCAGGAUGUAUUUUAUGAGCACAGGCAGGAAAGUCUAGCCAGAUUGAGGUCUCCAGGGUGUGUGGGGGAGGGGAAGGUAUAAUCUAGUAAUCAUGUAUUGUUGACUGAGAUGGUACCUCCCUCCCCCCACCCCCUCCAUUCCCCCAACUGGCUCAGCCACAAGCACCAAGAGCCCCUGGGACACUGCUGGGUGGAAGGCAGAUGUGGGAGGGGCUCAGGGCUGCUGCUGCUGCUGCUGUUGCUGCUGCUGCAACCUCUGGAGAGCCCAGCCAGACCCCAUGCCCCUUCCAGUCCUCAGGCCCCUCCUCGAUCCCUCCCUGCCCCAGGAAAGGUCAAAGUCCAGGUGACUGCCCUCCUCCUUCCUUGUAAAUACUGGCCAUACAUUUGUACCGUGGGCCCUGCUCUUGUGAAGUCCAUCUCCAUGGUCUCUUAGACCUGCCACUCUGAGACUUGUCCCUCCCACCCCACCUGAGUGGGGCAGAGACGCAUGUGACUCACCCCUGCCCUUGGUCUCCCAGGCCCCUGCUAUAGCCAGAGAUCAAUAAAGAAGGGAGACCAGGCUG